GAGACAUACCCUCUCUCGCGCACGCGCGUCAACAUGAGCGGCUUCACAAAGUUCCGCGCAGGCCUCACGGCCGCGGGCUGCGCCGCCAUCAUCUUCACCGGCGCCACCUACGGCGCCGGCCUCAAGACACAGAAGGAAUGGAAAGAGGAGAGGAAAAGCUUUUGGGAUUCUCCGUACGAUGAGCAAAUAUCCCUCCUUCUAGGUCAGCGCGGCCGCCUGGUCACGGAGCGCCGCAACUGGGAGAGGAAGCUCACGUACCUGGAGGAGAGGAUAGUGGAGAGGGCCCUGAAGAAGCCCGAGAGCUGACCGUAAUCGGACGGAGUGUUCUGUUCAAGCCUGUCAUCUCCGCAGCCAUGAAAUGGACGGCGUCGAGACCUAGACAGAAUCUCGUCACGACGCUCGAUCUGUCUGGUUUGUGAGUGCUGACCAUCGCCUUCGUUUACGUGAUGCCUCGCCCAGACAGUAGCGAGCGCCGGGAUGUCAUCACGAGGCAAGCAAGCCGCAAAACCUCCCUUCACAUUUUUUUUGCCGUCAUCGGAUUACCGCCUCACGGUACUCGCUCCAUGCAUCACUUGCACGUCAAUGUGAUCAUGUUUGUAGCAAUCAUCAUAUGUGUAAUGAACUGCAGCCAUUACAUUCAUCAAUCCGUCUGUCUAUGCCCCAGUGCUUUAUCCCUGUGCGAAUGGCUUGCUUUGAAUGCCUCCCAUAACCUUGUUACCGCUCGAAAACGCCAAGUCGAUGCUCCCGACAGACUUUGCC